AUGGAGAAGUAUUCUGUUGAUGAAUAUUUUGAGACAACGACACCUGAAAAAUACCGAUUUCUCGAUUACUACAAGGAUCGUAAAAACCGAGAUGACUUUACAAACAAUUUUCGCCUAGAGGCACGAAGACUCCACAAAUGCUUGAAUUACCUGGUGGAAAAUGGGUCGAAUCAAAGGAAACAAAAAGCUCAACAUUUGCUUGAUGUUUUUGAGGCGAGCAGUAUGGAGGACCCUGUUAAGUCCCGAGAAGGGGAACAUACUUCCACGACUACGAGGUGGGGGCCUCCAGCAGUCCUGAGAAGGGGUAACACUCACACAACUAUGGCGGGUGCCUGCGUCCCACCUGACCUUACGGCGUUCAUUAGAUCCCGUUGUGGUCUGCUUUGCCAGCAGUUUUCCUAUCUUAAGGCCCCGUUAUUGUCUGCUUUUCCAAACCAUCGAAACAAGAACGUGGAUAUCGAUAGAUUCUGGAAUGAAGUUGAACGUGAAUCUCUGGAUAUAGACCAUGCCAAAGAAAAAAGUCAACUAAAGUUGGACCAGGUAAAAAUAGCUCGUGCUAUGACAAAGGGGACUGAAGAAGGCGUUGAAAACAUUAUGAAAAAUGUUAAUAAGGAGCUGGAUGAGUCAGUUACAGAUAACGAUAGCAAGCCUUACUCACUAAGAAAGAGACCAAGGGUUGAAUACAAUGAGAAUAGAAUUUCAAAAAGACAAGAACAAGAAGAUGAGUACACUUCUCCCACGCUAAUUAGUCCAAAAUUACAUUCAUUGCCGAUGGAUAAUCCAUCGAUGGGUAAUCCAUUUAUUGAAGAAGGGGUGCAGGAUUACCCGAUAAUAAUUAAUGAUAUUCCAGAUGAAUUAUCCUUCGAGGAUGAGGACUCUAUCGACGAUCUUAAAAUAAGAGAGAUCAAUGUUUCUCGAUUAUUCCGUCAAUAUCAAAAUCAAUCUAUCAAGAUCGCAAAAACCGGGGGUCUUUUUGUUGAAUCCAACGUUCACGAGAUAUUGUCAUUAUCUUCGAUUUUACUUCUUAAUCCUGGCUCUCAUUCGAAAACGAUGAUCGACAUAUUCAGUACUUCUUUGCUUGAUGAUAUCUACCAACAAGCAAAUCCUCCUCAGCAAAUAGAAUUAAAUACGGAACUUACUAAUGAUCAAAUGUUGAAUGAGAAUUUGGGUUCCAUGUUCUUGGAAUGCCUUAAGAAAUUGCCAACCACAAAGAUUAAAAAUGAGCCGAGCGAAACGACUCUGAUUACAAAUUACCUCGACCACAUUAUGAGAGAAAUGUUACAUGAUCCAGAUAAGCAUUUUGUGGAAUGGCCGAAUGCAGAAAUUAACGAAAGCAAAGCAAGAAAGCCACAAGGGAGAAGAAGCAAACAGCCCGAUUUUACUGCCUCAAUAAUCCACCAGCUACAAUUGAACAGUAUCAUAUUCGUGGGUGAGGUUAGUCCGCCCUCAGAAAAAAACAAUGUUUACAAAAAUUGCAAUGAUUUGAUUCGUGUUGGAGUCUUUAUGAAAGACUGUCUUGAUUCUUCUAUAGAAUUAGGCGCUGAGAUAAAAAUAUUAGGGUUCCAAUGCGUAGAUUAUACGGUUGAAUUCUAUAUGAUGGAUCUUGUCCAGGGAAUGUACAUCAUGAUUCAUAUAGGAAAAGUGACAAUUCCUGCUUCUUUGAGAGAGGUAUCAAAUUUUAUUGAUGACUUAGAAAUUCUUCUAAAAAUACGAAAGGUUUUUCAAGAAUCAUUUAACAUUUUCUUUGAUAAACUUUGUAAUCCGAGUUCCUCAUCAACAAAAAUGAAAUUCAAACGUGAUACUCUUGCUACUCCUAUGUUUAAAAAACUUGUGAAUAAAACGCACAAUUGUCACAGAAGUUGUCCAUUUUGUUUACUUAAAAAAAAACAUAACCAAAACAUACAUGAAGUUGUAACAUUAUCGGAAGCAGAAAUUACUGAUAGUGAUGAGGAUUCAGUAAAAAUAGCUCGUGCUAUGACAAAGGGGACUGAAGAAGGCGUUGAAAACAUUAUGAAAAAUGUUAAUAAGGAGCUGGAUGAGUCAGUUACAGAUAACGAUAGCAAGCCUUACUCACUAAGAAAGAGACCAAGGGUUGAAUACAAUGAGAAUAGAAUUUCAAAAAGACAAGAACAAGAAGAUGAGUACACUUCUCCCACGCUAAUUAGUCCAAAAUUACAUUCAUUGCCGAUGGAUAAUCCAUCGAUGGGUAAUCCAUUUAUUGAAGAAGGGGUGCAGGAUUACCCGAUAAUAAUUAAUGAUAUUCCAGAUGAAUUAUCCUUCGAGGAUGAGGACUCUAUCGACGAUCUUAAAAUAAGAGAGAUCAAUGUUUCUCGAUUAUUCCGUCAAUAUCAAAAUCAAUCUAUCAAGAUCGCAAAAACCGGGGGUCUUUUUGUUGAAUCCAACGUUCACGAGAUAUUGUCAUUAUCUUCGAUUUUACUUCUUAAUCCUGGCUCUCAUUCGAAAACGAUGAUCGACAUAUUCAGUACUUCUUUGCUUGAUGAUAUCUACCAACAAGCAAAUCCUCCUCAGCAAAUAGAAUUAAAUACGUAA